UCUCGCUGCUAAGUGCUGUAACAGAACAGAGAGAGAGAGAGAGAGAGAUAAUAGUAGAAGGUCGGAGAUAGUAAAGAGAGAAAUCCGAAUAGAAAAAGAAGCUAGCUAGGGUUUCGGCGCGAAGAAGAAUGGGGAAGAAGAAGGUGGAGAUAAAGCGAAUCGAGAACAAAAGCACUCGGCAGAUAACAUUCUCCAAGAGGCGCAAUGGAUUGAUGAAGAAAGCUCGCGAGCUAUCCAUUCUCUGCGAUGCGAAGGUGGCGCUGCUCAUCUUCUCCAGCACCGGAAAGCUCUACGAGCUCUGCAACGGUGACAGUUUGGCCGAGGUCGUGCAGCAAUAUUGGGAUCAUUUAGGAGCGAGCGGUACUGACACAAAGUCGCAGGAACUAUGCUUUGAAAUUGCAGAUAUCUGGUCUGGUUCAGCGUUUUCUCAAAUGAUCAAAAGGCACUUCGGUGUUUCUGAACUUGAGCAUCUGAGUGUGUCUGACCUUAUGGAACUAGAGAAACUGACUCAUGCUGCUCUUUCGCGAAUCAGAUCAGCAAAGAUGCGAUUGAUGAUGGAAUCUGUAGUGAAUCUUAAGAAAAAGAUUGAGGCACUAGAAAAAACUAAUGACGUCAAUAACGUGGUGACACGGUCUAUUGACUGUGAUCAAACAGAUGGGGUGACGCAUAAUCUGUUCCCAGGUCUCUAAUGGAGCUGAAAGCCACUACUCUGGGUCUAACUUGCACACUCAACCCUUGAAUUUCCAAGUGUGUGUUUAAUACAUGCAUAGGGAACCAUGCCAUGGUCUAGCUACUUGCCUUUUAUUAUUUCUAUUUUGGUUGAAACAUGGAGCAUCUUGAAGAUAAUGUAGCCUGGGGAACUUUGCUUCAGCUACUACUUUGUGCCUAAUUAAUUUAUAAUAAGUGACAUUAGAUGCCAUAUGGUAUUAUAAGUCUCAUAAUGCUAAAAUUUGGGAACGGUUCACGGUGAAAGUAAUGGAAACAAUCAUGUGGAGGA